AUGUCUAUCGAAAACUUGAAGUCUUUCGAUCCUUUCGCAGACACUGGUGACAACGAGACAACUACAGCGAAUUACAUCCAUAUCCGUAUCCAGCAAAGAAACGGUAGAAAAACUUUAACCACAGUUCAAGGUGUACCAGCUGAAUAUGAUUUGAAAAGAAUUUUGAAAGUCCUUAAGAAGGACUUUGCUUGCAAUGGUAACAUUGUCAAAGACGACGAAAUGGGUGAGAUCAUCCAGCUUCAAGGUGAUCAAAGAGCAAAAGUUUGCGAAUUUAUGAUCACUCAACUUGGGAUGAAAAAGAAAAACAUCAAGAUUCAUGGUUUCUAA